AUGGCGGUCUCAACGGGCAUAUCCGAAGAGCUAACUUGCUCCAUCUGUCUGGACACGUUCAACACCCCCAUCCUCCUGCCGUGCGCCCACACUUUCUGCAAACAGUGCCUCAUCAACGUUCAAGAACGAAGCCGCAUUCGCCGACAACAAAGCACCCAGGGUGACGGUGGCAGCGCUAUCAGAGACGACUCCAGCUUAGAUCACGGAAUUGGUGGUCUUCCCAGAAACACGUCGUUGGCAAACAUAAUCUUGAGCCUGGAAGAAGAAAAACGCGCCAAGAAUAUAGUUUGUGAAGUCUGCGAUACUGAACCGGCAAGAGCGGCUUCAAAGAAUUGCGCCGAUUGUUCCGUAGUCUACUGCCUGCCAUGCUUCAGGCAGCUCCAUCCAAUGAGAGGAGCGUUUAAGUACCACGUGAUCAAAGAAGUAAAUGCUCCAAUCGUCAGGUGUUUGUCUCCGACACCACGUGACAUGAGGUUAGGGAGACUAACUCCCUCUCGUGACGGCUAUGGGACGGAUGGAACCGAGUCUGGGGAUGAGGGCGGGAACUUCAACAACCAGGACCAACUGGAAAAACUUCGGAGACAGAUCAAGUCGAAGAGGAAAGAACUGAACAAUGUAAUGAAAACCGUGCAGGCUCUGCUGAAGACAACAGAGGAGGAGACGGAGGAAAGAAUGCGAGAGAUCAGAUCCGUCUGUAACCAGAUCAACGAGCUGGUCGGGGAGAAGGAGGCCUCGCUUCUGACCUUUCAUCAGUCAACAGGUAUGUGGCGCAUUUGUAGCAUUUCAUGUUGUGUCGUGCUGGGAAAUUGUAAAACGGUCCUAAUCAACAACCUCUCUGACCUCUUGGAACAGUUGACAGCCAUCCAGUCUCGUUCACUGACAAUGAAAGCCAAAUUAAUACCCAGGCAGCCCAAACUGGCAGAAGUGGAAUUUGCCAAAUAUGUUGCCUCUUUGGAUUUCGCCAAGGAUGUUAAACUGCUGAGUCCAGUUUUCACAGAAGUUCUCCACAGACCGGUCAGCAUGGGUCCAGCUCUAGUAGACAUCCAAUGGAGAACCUUGGACAACGCGGCAAAUCUCCAGGGAGUAGAAAUUACCACAAAGGUCGAACUGGAAGGCAGCGCUGUUUCUUACCUGAUGGCCUUGCCGUGGUCUGACGCCGAGUACACCAUCAUGCUGGAGGCCACGACCGAGACCGGCUCCAAGUAUCCCCCGAUAUGCCGAUGCAUUAGGACUCUACCAUACGUACACUGCUUCAGAGCCAAGUUCAGCCCAUCUUCCUGCCAUAAGAAGAUUGCUGUAUUAUCAGCCAAGGACGAAGUUGUUCACAGAAAAUGCAAACUGGCCAACCUACACAACGCUUGUGCGCUCACCACCAGCACACGGCGCCUGGAGAACCUCGAGGGCGCCAUGGCAGACGAAUGUGUCCCAGUCUUACCCUACGUGUAUUGGGAAUCAGUAAUCCACUUCCAGAUUUUCGGCAAGCUGGGCGUUUCUAAACUCAUAUGUGAUGUUGGAAUAUGUAAACAGGGCUGCGAAGAUGGAUCCGCCAUUCUCUGUGACAACGUCAAAUCCUACUGUGCCUACCUCGCCAGGAGAAACAACAAAAUUGCACUAGAAUUCUGGAACGGUCCAAACAGGGAUACUCUGCCUCGGAGUAUCCCGGUCCUUGACUUAGACCAAGAGACUGAAAAAACCAUCAAAUUGGGAUUUUAUUUCGAUGCCAUGAAGCGGCUUUUUGCCAUCGUAAGUCCUGGAAACAACACGGUUUUAUCCCAGUUUCACGUGAAGUUCCCGAAUGUUGUCCCAGUUUGUGGGUUGUACACCUUUGAACACGCUUUUGUGAUGGUGAAGUUUACGGAUGUCCAGAAACUUCCACUCGUGCUGAGUAAAUUAAUGAGGGGUGUACAGGCAAACCAAACGUAG